AUGGGCGUGGAGACGUGGGUGUUGCUGGCGACGUUGGCGUUGCUGGCGUGGGCGUACUCCAAGUGGCGCCACAACUACUGGUCCUCGAGGGGAGUGUCCUGUCCACCUGGCUUGCCUUUCAUCGGACACUUCCAUAAGGAAUACUUUGUUGGCAAGAAUGCAUUGGACUUCUAUGUACAGAAUUACAAAAAGUUUCAUAAGUCAAUGAUGUACGGCAUGUACGAUUUCUUCAAGCCCGUGUUGGUGAUAUGUGAUCCAGAAAUGUUGAAAAAUGUUUUAGUUAAGGAUUUUGACCAUUUUGGUGAUCUGAGAGACUUCAAUUUGCGGACCGGCAACGAAAGAGACGAAAUGGUCUCGGAGAUGUUGUCCCUCAAGAACGGCGCGGAGUGGAAGAACCUGCGGGCUGUCAUGACGCCCACCUUCACCUCAGGCAAGAUCAAAAGCAUGUUCCCUCUGGUGUGUGACAAAGCCGAUGCUCUUAUCAAGUUCUCAAUGAAACAGGCCGCACAAAACACGCCCGUGGACAUGAAGGUAAACUUUGGCCGAUUCACAAUGGACACAAUUGCCUCUUGCGCCUUUGGCAUUGAGUGUAACUCUCUUGUGGAAGAAAAUAAUGAAUUUACUCGCUGUGCAGACGUUAUAUUUAACCCGCCACCGCACACAGUCCUCAAAAUCUUGUUCUUUAGAUUCUUACCGAAGCUCUUCAGGCUUUUGAAUUUGAGUAUAAAUCCUCCGGAGAACGACUUUUUCAUCGAUAUGGCCAAGCAGACUAUAGCGCUCAGGGAAGCGGGCCAAAGACGGGGGGACUUUCUGGACCUGCUGUUGGAGGCACGAGGAAAAGCCAGCAACAAGCAAGAAAUGAGUGAUUUGUGCCUGGUGUCCCAGAGCGUGCUGUUCAUCGUUGCCGGGUACCAAACUACGGCCGUCUUGCUGUCCUUCUCCUCCUUCCUGCUAGCCAAGAACAAGGAUCAACAGCAGCGCCUCCGAGACGAAAUGCGGCAAAUGGUGGAAGAGCACGGCGGCAUCACCUACCAAGGCAUCAUGGAGGCCAAGCUGCUCGAGGCCUGCCUUCAAGAGACUCUUCGACUGUAUCCUCCUGCCUUCGUCACGGAACGUUUGUGCACCAAGACCUACACGUUACCCAACAACGGUCUCACCAUCAAGGCUGGAAACCUGGUGCAGGUGCCUAUCUGGAGCCUCCACCACGACCCUCAGUAUUGGCCAGACCCCGAGGCCUUCAUCCCAGAUCGCUUCCUGCCCGAGAACAAGGCUGACAUCAUCCCCUUCACUCACAUGCCCUUCGGAAUGGGUCCAAGGAAUUGCAUAGCCAUGCGAUUUGCUCUCAUGGAAGCCAAGGUGGCGCUGACCAAGCUGCUGCUGCAGGCGGAGCUAGAAUUGGCGCCAGGCCACGAUAAAUUAACCUUGUUGUCAGGUAAUGGCCUGAUAAUUCCUCAGGACGGCGUGAUGCUGGUGCUGAGGCCAGUCAGUGAGUGAACCUGCGCCUCACUGUUCAAAAAUGUUUUCCGCAGACCGUGACCCGUUCUUCCUCACACUUGGGUGAUCGGCCACUCCACACUCUUGACGCUGCGUUUCUCACUUCAGGCGUCAACUCUUGAUGGUGUAGGUAGACAGAGUACCAUAAUAUCAAAUAUGCAAAUGUCCAUAAUUCCUCCUCUUUAACUUGAGUUCAUUGUGUUAUGUCUGUCCUCAUUAAUCCCAAAUUACCAUGCUCCUUUUCACUAACCUGUGUUACCUGUGCUACGUUUCUCAUCAACACAAACUUCCUGCGUUCCUCCUCAAAAAACCUCAGUAACCACAGCUCGAGCAAAGGACUUCAAAGGCGUACUGGUACAAGUGACCGGUUCCCAACACGGAGGAAAUAGUCCCUUUCAUUUUUAGGAGUGUUAAAAGUAGAGGCCCCGAAGUAAUAUUAAAGUUAUAUUUGGUCAGACCUCAUCUAGACUACGCUGUGGAGUUCUGGUACCCAUAUUGCAGCAAGGAUAUAGGUCUAUUAGAAUCGGUACAAAGAAGAAUGACUAAAAGGAUACAGGGGAUGAGGAGUAUUCCUUACGAAGCGAGAUUGAAGCUGUUAAAUUUGCAUUCUUGAGAGAGACGUAGGUUAAGAGGGGACCUGAUAGAUGUCUUUAAGUGGUAUAAAGGAUAUAACAGGGGGACGUAAGCAAGAUUUUUAUGAUCAGUAACUAGAAUAGAACAAGAAAUAACGGGUUUAAGCUUGAAAAAUUUAGGUUUAAAAAAAGAGAUAGGAAGAAACUGGUUCUCAAAUAGAUUGGUAGAUGAAUGGAACGGACUCAGUAAUCAUGUUGUUAGUGCUAAGUCAUUAGGAAGCUUUAAGAGAAGAUUAGACAGAUUUAUGGAUGGGGAUGAUAGGUGGAAAAAGGUAGGUAUGAUUCAUACAGGGAUUGCCACGUGUAGGCCUGAUGGCUUCUUGCAGCUUCCCUCAUUUUCUUGUUCUUUUGCUCUUAUGCCUCGCUGUUCGACACACACACACACACACACACACACAGCCUUAGAUAUACAGAGACGACCCUGAUGCGUGUCAUGUCUUCACGGCUUGUAACUCUGGUAGCUCCAUGUGACUUCUGACUUGAAUAUUAUUAUAACAAAAGUGAUGAAUGCUGUCAGGACUGCAUGGAAUGAGGCUUGAGUGGCACCAGCACACAGCCUGCCGUAGGUGACGCGCCGGCGAGGAAGGGCAGGAGCACAGCACCAGGCUUGGAGCUAACCUUCACUUCAUUCCCUUACUUAUAACGUUCCCCUCACUAGUGAAGCAAGACUGUCUCUGCUGCGUCAAUGAAAAGAGCCGUGGUCACGAUAUUGCUGAGCAUUUCGUCUUUAAAACUCAUACAUUUAACCCUUUUCCUGCUAAUGACAAGUGUACUCUUAUUUUAAGCAAUCCUAGGUAUUGUUACUUAUCAAAAAAUAAACUUUACUAGAUAUU